AACAGAAGUCAUAUGACCGAGGAGCAGCAACAUUGGCAGCAGUGCGAGCGAAGAAAAUGGUGCCGAGAAAUGGAUAAACUCCUCCUGACACGGUGACUAACAUCCACAACCUGCACGGUAACAUCACCGUUCAAUCUUAUUUGAACACGGACUAUGUUUGAAAUCAAUCGGUUCUCUGUGGGACCAGUUAAUGUGACUUCGUCGGUGGUCUAGUGAGGGAGGCUUGUGGAGGCUUUCUGUUCUCUCCGAGCUCCAGUAUCUGAGCCGCUCUAUUUGUCAGCCUGUGUAUUAUGGAGGAGAUCAAAGUGUCCCCGGACUAUAACUGGUUCAGGAGUACGGUGCCUCUGAAGCGAAUCAUCGUCGACGACGACGACAGUAAGGUGUGGUCACUCUACGAUGCGGGGCCUAAGAGCAUCAGGUGUCCCAUCAUCUUCCUUCCUCCUGUCAGUGGAACUGCAGAAGUGUUUUUCCAGCAGGUGUUGGCUCUGACAGGCUGGGGCUACAGAGUCAUCUCACUACAGUACCCCGUGUACUGGGAUCUCAUGGAGUUUUGCGAUGGUUUCAGGAAGUUACUGGAUCAUCUGCAGCUAGAUAAAGUCCAUUUAUUCGGUGCGUCCCUGGGAGGAUUCUUGGCUCAGAAGUUUGCAGAGCACACACAUAAGUCUCCCCGGGUUCACUCGUUAGUCCUGUGUAACUCAUUCAGCGACACCUCCAUCUUCAAUCAGACCUGGACGGCCAGCAGCUUCUGGUUGAUGCCAGCGUUCAUGUUGAAGAAAAUCGUUCUGGGUAAUUUUGCUAAAGGACCCGUGGACCCUCAAAUGGCUGAUGCGAUUGAUUUCAUGGUUGACAGACUGGAGAGUCUGAGCCAAAGUGAAUUAGCAUCACGGCUAACGCUCAACUGCCAGAACUCCUACGUGGAGCCUCACAAAAUCAAAGACGUUUCCAUCACUAUUAUAGAUGUGUUUGACCAGAGCGCGCUGUCUCUAGAGGCCAAGGAGGAAAUGUACAAACUGUAUCCCAACGCCAGACGAGCUCACCUAAAAACAGGGGGCAACUUCCCGUACCUGUGUCGAAGUGCUGAGGUCAACCUCUACAUACAGAUUCACUUGCGCCAGUUCCACGGAACCAGAUACGCUGCCAUCAGCCCAGAGAUGGUCAGUGCUGAGGAGGUGGAGGCCCACCUGGGCAGUGACCACAACCCCCACUGUGAGCAGUAGUGAUGUCACCCCCACCGCCCCCCCCAGGUCAUUUCCCUCUCAUUAUUACACGGGUCAUCCUUAAGAUUUUCUACUGAAGUCAAUCAAGUGAUAAUAUUUUUAUCAGAAAAAAAUAAAUCAUAUUUUUUAAAAACCACGCGAACAUAGAUGACCCUCAGCUGCUCUGCCUUAUUUGAUGACUGACACUCGUUGCCUGUGUUUAAAAUAUUUAAUGUGGUUAACAGUGUUUCCUGUUAACGCAGACCUGCGAUGGACAUGCAUGUAUCCGAAUCUCUUCAUGUUACUCAUUAAGACCAACUGUUUUUCCAUUUGUUUUGCACCUUUUUCCAGUAAAAUUCUGAAUUUCACACUUUGUGCAGUUUUUAUUUCCAGAGUUGUGGCGCUCUACAAUCUUUAAAAUUAUACCGUUACAUAUCCGUUGGUUGUAUUUUUGUUCAUUUUUGAUCAUAGUAAAUCAUUUACAACUAA